AUGCUGCGACACAUCAGACCAUGCGAGGGCAUUUUUGCCCUUUUAUCUCUCGUAUCGUCACAUCUUGUUGCUGCUACCAACCUUACCACCGCAGACAUUCAUGCAAAUGACCCACCACCACCUCUCGUUGAUGGCUGUAUCAGCAAUUCUUUUCUGGCACCUGUCUGGGCUGUUGAUGCGUUCCAAUAUGAAGAGAAUGACAAUGGUGACUCGACAGCCAACUUCAUUCUCAGCAGCAAAGUGAUUACCAACAAGUUAAAGUGUUUCGGUCGAGCCGAGGGUCGACGCCAAAGUGUUCAAGGCGAAUGUACUAAUGAAAACGAAAGACACAAGCCAUCAUCUCAGUUCUUAUUUGUACCUUCAUCACGCAGUCUUUCUAUUGAACCCUCGUGGUCUUGUAAUGGGAACGAUGUCAGAGAGCCUACAAACUUCGUCGGUAAUGGCACUACAAAGCUAGAUAUAGACUGCGAAUGGAUCGAAUGCACAUUAGUAAAUUCGACUCGCAUACUAGUCAAGCUGCAUGAGCCUUUGGAGAUUUCACCGUAUAUUCCGCCUCCGCCCCCAGGGCAUAGUGCUCCCGGAUGCAGUUCCCGCUCAAAAUCACCAUCGUGGAGUAUAUCGGAGUUUACAUGGUAUAGGGGUGUUACCCAGUACACAACCCCGAAUCCGAUCGGAUUUCCGCCUGUAACGCAAUAUCUGGGCUAUGAGGCGGGCGGGAUGAAAGUAAAAAACCAAGCAAUCCAGCAGACGUUUGUGUGUGGAUGGCAAACGUGGGAUGAAGGAACAUCAGUUGAGCCUAGAGAGAAUUGGUGGUGCAAUAACUACAGCGAAGAAGAGGUGAAAACUGCCAGACACACCUACGAGGCUGAGAUAACGUUCCGGCAUAUCAGUUCAGAGAACAAGCUUCUUGUGAAUCAGACAUGGUAUUGCGAUGAUGAAGGCCGGGGAUCUCCCGAGAAGUUCCAUGCUACAGGCUCCAUCAAUGUCACGGGUUCAUCUGGUGGACUUUUCCCAGGCCAACCUCCUACUACUGUUUCGAACUAUACCAUCGAAGGAAAGCUGGAGUCCCAUUAUGAAAUGGAACCCUAUGCUCUCGAGCUGCCCAAUGCGCAGGCAGCAAGGUGCACGGUUACCUCCUUGGACGCGCAACGUUUCUUCCUAGUCGACCCAACGUCACGAUACCCGACUUAUUGGACGUAUGAGAAUAGGUCUUAUGGAGUCAGUGGUGAAUUUAGCCUCUAUUUGCGUUUCCCCUUUGAGGAUGAUGACCAAGUUCUGUGCCGGGUGAAAGGUCCUGAGCUACAUCCUACUAAAUUUGACCCGGAACGUUGGUGGCAUUGCGAAAUGCUCUCAUAUGGUGGGGACCCUAUGAAUGUUAAAGCCCUCGAUUUCAACUAUAAUCGUAAUACUACCAUCCUUUCGAUCAAUGCGACAUGGACUUGUGACGAUGCAAAUAGGGAAAAGCCGAUAUAUAUCCAUGCUUUUGCAAGUGGCAGUAUUGGUGAUCCAGUGUGCCAUUACGACGACUAUUGGACGUGGCAACAUUGCGAUUUUCCAGCCCUGAACAUAACGUCACCUCCAUUCAGUUUGCCAUUCACGAACUUCACGUUUGAUGUAUCAGGAUGA